AUGAGCUCGGAUGUCCCUACCACUGCCCCUCCUUCUGCUCCUGCCUCUACUCUCGUCAUUGUACCUGAAUUAGAUCUAGCAUCGCUUGCAUUGGAUUUGAAAAAAUCCUAUGAGGGCCAAAUUCCACUGCCAAAAUUACCAAAACCAAAACGGCAGAUGAGAUGGAAACAGCCGGCAACGGAUCCAAUUGACAACCUCAUGGAUACACCAAAAGGUUGGAAUUCCAACGAACCCGAUCUUGAUCCUAAUGAUCUAGAUGCUCAGAUUGCAAGGUGCCGUGAGCGGAUCGAGGACAAUAUCAUGAGCCAGGUAUUUCAAUGGAAGCUGGAGGACUUGUUACGAGAGCAGAAACGUCGCAAUGCGAUGAUGGCCUUAGAGCCGGCUGGGUUGAGUUGGCCUGUUGUCCAGCGCUUGGACACCCUUAAGGGGAUCCACGAACACAUUCUCAGCGAGAAUGACCAGUACGAGGUGGUUGGUAAUGUGACGAAUAUAAUGGCGGCAUAUCGAUCGGGCCAAUUGAGAUGGAAUCCAGGCCUUGUUACCUACUGGUCUAAGGGCUUUCAACUCUGCCAGCCGAGGCCUUUCAGAUGGGAUGAAUUUAAUCUCAUUAAUGCCGAACAUCAGGGUCACAAAGGCUUUUGGGUCGAAGGGCUUCAAGGGCCAGGGCCAACCCACCAAUGA